AUGCAAAGAAAUUUACCCCAAAAUAAAGAAGCCCUACUAAAAUCUUACACAACACGAUUAAAAGAAGAUGUAAAGAGUAUGUUAGAGAAUUUCGAAGAAAUCAUAAAGCUUGCAAAACUAGAAAAUGAAUCACAAUUGAACAGAAUGACACAAAUUGAACAGGACACAUUUGAAAUGCAAGUGAGAGCUGCUAACAUAGUUCGUGCUGGAGAAUCCCUAAUGAAAUUGGUAUCAGAUAUAAAACAGUAUUUAAUACUUAAUGAUUUCCCUUCCGUUAAUGAAGCAAUUACUCAGAAUUCUAAGCUUUUCCGCACAAAACAACAGGAGUGUGACCAGAAACUAAUGUCACUACGAGAUGAUAUUGCAGCUGAUUUAUAUGAUUUAGAAGAUGAAUAUUUUACAAGUAUAUAUAAGUAG